CCCACAUAUCUACAUAUUUAAGGCAACGCGAUGCGCCCCAGCAAGAUGGCUACUGUUCGUUCGUACCCUUCACAUCAUCGUCAUUAAUCUGCAAAGGCAAGGGCAACACGGCCGACCCUUUAUCAGCCAAAACAGACGCAGCGGCCAACACCAUGAGACCACAUCCGUUCAAAACGCUAAGCGUUGACGAAACUCGUGUUGCUCGCGAUGUGAUUCUCUCUCAGUACCAAGACGUUGUUGUCGACUUCCGGGAAAUAUUUCUUCAAGAACCGGAAAAGGAACUCAUGAAACAGUACCUCGAGUUGGAGCACUCGUCUCAGCCGGGUCGGUCGCCUCAAUCAAAACAACCACCGCGACUCGCGAAAUGCCAAUACGAUGUCAUUGGCUCCAGCAGAAUCCCCGAGUAUCAUGAGGCUAUUGUUGACAUCGAGAGUAAAAGACGAGUCAAGCAUGACAUUAUCAGCAAGGAGUACCACGCCAGCUUAACAUUAUGGGAAUUUGAAACGCUUGUACAAGCUUGCAAAGAAAGCGAGGAAUUCCAGAGCGCCAUAAAAGAGCUUGAAUUACCUGAGGGAUUCGAGCUUGUUGUCGAACCAUGGCCGUACGGUGGUCUUGAUAUUGGAGCGGAGAACAAGAGAUACUUCCAAGGCCUAUGCUUCGCCCAGGACAUGAAGAACGGGAAUGCCGACUCCAAUUUCUAUGCCUAUCCGUUGCCACUGAUCCCGGUAAUGGAUGCUCACCUGAAAAAGAUUGUUCGCAUUGAUCGUCUCGCAACUGGGGGUAAAGGGGACAGCAUGUCAGGCAAGACCCACUCAGCCCGCGUUCUCGAUCAUUGCGAAUCUGCCGAAUAUGUUCCUGAGUUGCUGCCUGAAGGUACCCGUCAGGACAUGAAGCCCAUCAACAUCACCCAGCCAGCCGGCCCUUCCUUUAAAGUUACCGACGAAUCUUUGGUUGAAUGGCAGAAAUGGCGAUUCCGAGUUUCUUUCAAUCCUCGCGAGGGUGCUGUUCUCCACGAUGUCCACUACGACGGAAGGAGUAUUCUAUAUCGACUUAGCGUCUCGGAGAUGACGGUCCCAUACGGAGAUGCUCGUGCUCCCUUCCACCGUAAACAAGCCUUUGACUUUGGCGACGGUGGUGCGGGUAACUGCGCUAACAAUCUGUCACUCGGCUGUGAUUGCCUAGGUGUUAUUAAAUAUUUCGAUGCUGUCGUUGUUGGCUCAGACGGCGAACCUAGACAUCACCCCAACGUGGUCUGCUUACAUGAGCAGGAUAACGGAAUCGGUUGGAAGCAUACGAAUUGGCGUACAGGACGGGCAGUCGUGACGCGUCUACGUGAGCUUGUCGUUCAGUUCAUCAUUACUCUGGCAAAUUACGAAUACGUGUUUGCUUUCAAGCUUGACACCGCAGGUGGUAUCACCGUCGAAGUACGCGCUACAGGUAUCGUGUCAGUGGUUAACAUAGAUCCGGGGAAGACGAGUGAAUACGGGAAUGUUGUAUCCGGUGGCGUACUUGCGCAGAACCAUCAACACAUCUUUGCUACACGCCUAGAUCCCGCCAUCGAUGGCCACAAAAACUCCAUGCUAUACGAAGAAUCUCACACAGUCGCUCAGAAUCCUGAAACAAACCCAAACGGGAAUUUUUAUGAGAUCCGCAAGACACCGAUAACACAUUCCUCCGGUCACGACGCUGCCCCUCACCAUAAUCGUGUCUUCAAGAUCAUCAACCAAAACAAGAAGAACAGGUUUAGCGGCAAUCCUGUAGCCUACAAAUUCACACCACCAGCCACACAAAAGCUGCUUGCUGCGCCUGGCAGCAUUCAAUCGAAUCGUGCUCUCUUCACCCAGCACCAUGUGUGGGUCACCAAGUAUCAGGAAGAUGAGCUGUACGCUGCAGGCCACUAUACGCUUCAGAGUCAACAGGAGAAAGGUGGGGUAGCGGACAUGGCCAAGAGGAACGAUGAAGUCACCAAUGAGGACUUGGUGUUGUGGAACGUCUUUGGAUUAACGCACAAUCCGCGAGUGGAGGACUGGCCGGUGAUGCCUUGCGAAAUCUUUCAGCUGCAUUUUCGACCAUCGGAUUUCUUCGAUAGAAAUCCAGCGAUUGACGUCCCAAGCACGAAGAAUCAAGCCUCUGUUCUAGCAGAGAAAUGCUGUACGAAGGAGAAUUUGUGA